AGUAGGUUUUUUUGUCUUUGAUGAAGAGCAUUUCAUAAAUUAAACAAUUCAGCUUCCGACGGCAUUUCUUGAGGAUAGUAAAUUGGUCACGGAGAUCUUUGUUUCUCAGGCUGUGUACGUUCCGCAGUUGUUUACCAAUGACCGCAGAAUGCUUAUGUUCGUUAUGUGGUGAAACAGGUGUCGGCAUGUAUAGCUCACAUAAUCUGUAUCGCAAAGAUACAUUUGUAUUCAUAAACAACGCAUUGUUCCUUAAUAAGAGGUAGUUUGAGUUCUGUAACUUUGAUCUCAUCAGCAAUUUUCUUGUUCGUAAACACUGAGCACAAGUCGCUGUUAAUUUUCUUUACGCGAACUGAGAGCUGUCUUCGCACUAAGUCAGCUGACCGCUGAUCUUUAAGGGGUAGAGUAAUCCGAACAGGCUUAUUAACUUGAAAUGUAUGAUCAUGUGCUUGGUCUUGCGACUCAUUGAAUCUGGUGAUUGUAGAGUGAACGAGUCUCUCAGCAGCGAAAAGAUCAGAUGGAGAUGAGAAUCGAUGUGCACGAUUUAACAUAGUCGUGGGAAGAGAUCGUUUAUACCUGUUGUGUACAUGGCUCCGGUAAUGGAGAAGAAGUCCUUUAUCUGUUGUAUUCCUGUUCACGCAUGUUCUUACUUGGCUACCCAUCGUGAAGUUUAAAAGGUGUGCUUUGUUCAGCGUUGAAAGAAAAGCUGUAGUAGUCGACCAAUCUUGUCUGCCACGGGCACAUAUAAUUAUGUUCUUGCGAAAUGGCUCGACGAGAAACUGAAACAGCUUUCGGUCAACAAAUAAACAAUCACUGAUGUCUUCCAGUUUACCACUGACCUCAAGGAGAUGCCUUUAUUGAGCAUGAUAUUUUAACAUCAUAUGACGCAUCUUCGCUCUUCACGAAUGCUCCCCUCGAGGAAACAAUACAGAUCCUUUCUAACAAUGCUUUUGCUGAGAAUUGAUUCAAUGUGACAUACAACCUGAACAUCAGCCGAGAUGAUCUCGUUACGCUUCUAUGAGUGGCUACCAAACACCAAAUUUUCCAGUUUAAUGGCAGCCUCUACGAGCAAAUAGCUGGUGUGGCGAUGGGAUCACCACCAGAACCGCUCAUGGCAAAUGCAUUCAUAUGUUCCAUCGAGGCGAAGCUAGAAAGGGAGAAUAAACUACCCUAUUUCUACAAAAGGUGUGUGGACGACACCUUAGCCGUGGUGCGGGAUAUUCCAACUGCUACAGUUUUUUUUGCAACACUGAACAAAGAACACUCUUCAAUCAACUUCACGAUUGAAGUAGCAAUCAAUAGCAAACUGCCUUUCAUCGGAAUGGAACUCAUGAAGAUGGGUGGCCAAGUAAGAACAUGCGUCUAUGGGAAAACAACAGAUAAAGGACUACUUCUCCAUUACCAGAGCCAUGUACACAACAAGUAUAAACGAUCUCUUCUCACGACUAUGUUAAAUCGUGCACAUCGAAUCUCAUCUUCAUCUGAUCUUUUCGCUGCUGAAUGUGAUAACCUGAAAGAGAUCUUUCUCAAGUUUAAGUACCCUAAGAGACUCAUUAACUCUACAAUCACUAGAUUCAAUGAGUCGCAAGACCGAAAACAAGUACAUGAUAUUCAAGUUAAUAAGCCCGUUCGGAUUACUCUACCCUUUGAAGAUCAGCGGUCAGCUGACUUAGUACGAAGACAGCUAGCUCUCAGAUCUCCUGAAGAAAAAUAACAGCGACUUGCGACCAGUGUUUACGAUCAAGAAAAUUGCUGAUGAGAUCAAAGUGAGAGAACCCAAACCACUUCUUAUUAACGAACAAUCGUUGUUUAUGAAUUCAAAUGUGAUCUGUGCAAUACAGAUUAUGUGAGCUAUAAUAAGCCCGUUCAGAUUAUUCUAACCUUUAAAGAUCAGCAAUCAGCGACUUAGUACGAAGAUAACUCUCCGAUCUCGCGAAGAAAAUUAAUGGCGACUUGCGCCCAAUAUUUACGAGCGAGAAAAUUGCUGAUGAGAUCAAAGUGAC